AGCGCUUGCACCGAUAUUACUAGCAGCGUCACUCACACAAUCACCAACACCAAUAGUACACAGGGUACAACUGCAGCUGCAUCAACAAAGCCGAGCCACAAUCUUUCAAGAAAGUAGAAACCCAAAGAACAAAUGUCGAUAACACAACAAGAGUCGGACCGAAGCGAUUCGUCGCCUGAUGUCAACAGAAACCAAGACGCCGAUCUUACGGAAACGGACUGUGUGCGCUACGGCAAGUGCAAAUGGUUUAAUGUGGCAAAAGGUUGGGGCUUUAUAACGCCGCAUGACGGAGGCCAGGAGGUGUUUGUCCAUCAGAGUGUCAUACAAAUGUCCGGCUUCCGAUCACUGGCCGAGCAAGAGGAGGUGGAAUUCGAAUGCAAGCUAACCGAGCGAGGGCUGGAGGCGACUCGUGUCAGCGGCAGCAAGGGACUGGAUUGUACUGGCAGUACCUUUCGGCCGCGCACAAAAAAGCGACGACGCGUACGCUGCUAUAAUUGCGGCAAAUUCGCCAACCACAUUGCGUCUAUGUGCCCGCAGGAACCGCAACCAAAACGCUGUCAUAUAUGCAAAUCCGAAUCCCAUUUCUUUGCCGAUUGCCCAACGCGGCUGGGACUCUCAACUGAAUCGGAAGAAACUCAACACAACGAUAAUGAGCAAAGUGAUGCUGCAGCCACGUGA